AUAGCAAAGGGUUUAUGCUAAAACCCUACCCCAUAAUCCCCUCUAUCAUGUCCUCCUUUCUUCUCCAGCCAAAAAACGAAGUCAUCAUCGUAAGAUAAAAGAAAAUGCUUCAUCAUCGCUCUCCUGCUUCAAUGCUCCAUUCCUCGUAUAAAAUACUUGCUCCAUCUUCACUUCCUCCACGACAACCUAAACCCCUUUCCCAAUUAAAGCCCUCCUUUUCAUUUCUAUCUUCUCCGCUUCGAAUCCGCUUGUUUUUCCUCAACCCAAGAGCAAUUCGAGGAUUCGCCACUGCUGUUGUCGCCGAGACUAAGGCAGCCGAGACUAAGACAACCGAGACCUUCUUUUCCGACCACGCUGUUUCCUGGGCUUCCCUUGGUUUGUCUCAUCCGCUCUCUCGAGCUCUCUCCAAUACUGGCUUUUCAAGACCCUCUCUUGUUCAGGCUGCGGCUAUACCAUCAAUACUUUCGGGAAAGGAUGUGGUUAUUGCAGCGGAGACUGGUAGUGGUAAAACACAUUCCUACUUAGUUCCUCUAAUUAACAACAGGCUAUCUGCUUCUGCUUCUCAACGAGGAUUGACUCCAACCCCAUCUGGGCUUUCUCUUGUUCUUUGCCCCAAUGUGUUGCUAUGUGACCAAGUUGUCAGGAUGGCUAGUGGUCUUUGUGAUGAUGAUGGCCACCCACUUCUUAAAGUUGCAGCUGUCUGUGGCCGACAGGGCUGGCCAGUCAAUCAGCCGGAUAUUAUUGUAUCAACACCAGCUGCCCUUCUGAAUAAUAUUGAUCCGAAAAAACAAUCCCGGUCCAGUUUUAUUCGUGGUGUAAAAUAUGUGGUGUUUGAUGAAGCAGACAUGCUUCUCUGUGGGGGAUUUCAGAAUCAAGUUAUCCGUCUCAUAAACAUGCUUCGUUUUGAUGAGAAGCAGCUGUCCCGUGCAAAUAAAUCUGCAGUCGAGGUUCCUCAGGGAAUAGGUUCUGAUUCUCUAGAGCGUUUCAGCUCAGAGGAUGUAGAAGGCCAACAAGAAUCAGUCUUAGAAGAGGAUGAAGAAGACCAACAAGAAUCAGUCUUGGAAGAGGAUGAGGAUUUUGUUGCUGAGUUUGAAGUUGAUGACAUAAAAGAGGAAAUUGAGGCUGGGUCCAUUGACAGAAAAGACUGGAGGAGGGUGAGAAAAAAUUACGAACGCAGUAAGCAGUACAUUUUUGUCGCAGCCACCCUACCAGUCAAUGGAAAAAAAACUGCUGGAGCCAUGCUGAAGCGAAUGUUUCCAGAUGCAAAUUGGAUUAGUGGAACCUAUCUUCAUUGUCACAACCCUAGAUUGGAGCGAAAGUGGGUUGAAGUUACAGUUGAUACCCAGUUGCAUGCACUCAUUGAGGCUGUGAAACAAGGAUUUAGAUCUGACAUGUUAGAUUAUGGGGCUGGUGUGAGUAGAACUAUGGUUUUUGCAAACACUGUUGAGGCUGUUGAAGCAGUGGCUAAGAUAUUGGGUAAAGCAGGAAUUGAGUGUUUUCGUUACCAUAAGGACAGCUCUUUGGAGGAACGUGCAAAGACAUUGGUUGAUUUCCGAGAAAAAGGUGGAGUUUUUGUGUGCACUGAUGCUGCUGCACGUGGAGUCGACAUUCCGGAUGUCUCACAUGUUAUUCAGGCAGACUUUGCCACCUCUGCUGUAGAUUUCUUGCAUAGAGUUGGUCGCACAGCCCGGGCUGGUCAACAUGGACUUGUCACUAGCCUGUAUACUGAAUCCAACCGGGAUCUUGUUGAUGCUAUUCGUCAAGCAGAGAAACUGGGUCAGCCUGUGGAGACUGCUUUUAGCCGGAAAAGGAGCUUCAGAAACAAACUUAAGAAGAGAGCAGGUUUUAGCAAAUUGAUAGACAAAUCGACUGCUGCAUUGACGAGUGCUUAAGGAACUAGAAGCAGAUACCCUAAUCAGUUUGUUUUUCUUCAAUUAGUUACCUUUAAUUAUCAUAAUACCCAUGUAAAUGUAUUCUUGGUUGAAUUACAUUGAUUAUGUCUCUCACUUUGUCUUAAGCAGCCCUUUCCAUGAUCA